UGAAAGUGAAGGGCUCAGGCUGCAGCAGCUGCCGUGAGGGAGGGAAGCGGCCCGCGGGAGCUGCCUCGGGCCCGGCCUCGCGCUCUCUCCCAGGAGCGCUUGAGCGACCCGUCUCGAGCAUGUCGGAUUGUUUCGACCGGGCUCCUGGUGCCGGCCGAGGCCAGGGCCGGGGUCGAGGUGGCGGCGCCCUGCUGAGCGGAUCCGGCGCCGCGGAGAGCGGGGCCCGUCUCGGAGGCAGCGGCUUCCCCAGCUCGGGGCCCGCCGAACCGCAGCACAAGCCGGGCUUCCAGCAGGAGCCGCUUCGGCCGCCCAAGACAGCGCCGCCGGGCACCGGAAACGCAGUUAAGGUACAAGAAAUCACAAAAAUCUGAGAUCCUUACAAGUUUUCUAGCAAAACCAGUGAAGACCAGACUUGACAUUUCUUAGAAAUACCAGAACAUAUGCCGCAGACAAAAGUGCCCCCUGUAUCACAAGAUAAAAUUGCAGCUCACGAUUGUGGAUCAGCAAUGGCUAAACCUCAGUUGGUUGUGGCUCCAGUAGCAACGUCAAAAUUGUCAGUGAAUGCACCUGAGUUUUAUCCGUCGGGAUAUAAUCCUAGUUUUACAGAUUCCUCUUUUGAAGAUGGAUGUGAUGGCUAUCCAACUCUGACAGAAUACGUACAGGAUUUCUUAAAUCACCUCACUGAACAACCAGGCUGUUUUGAAACUGAAAUAGAGCAUUUUGCAGAGACACUGAAUGGUUGGGUCACUACAGAUGAAGCAUUACAAGAGCUUGUUGAACUCAUCUAUCGACAGGCCACAUCUGUCCCCAAUUUUUCCUACAUGGGAGCACGGCUGUGUAAUUAUCUAUCUCAUCAUCUAACCAUUAAUCCACAAAGUGGAAACUUCCGGCAAUUGUUACUUCAGAGGUGUCGAACGGAGUAUGAAAACAGAGAUCAAGCAGCAAAAGGUGAUGAGGCUACUCGAAAACAAUUUCAUGCUUUUGUGCUUUUCUUAGCUGAACUUUAUCUUAACCUCGAGAUUAAGGGAACAAAAGGGCAAGUAAUGCGAGCAGAGAUUCUGCAGACUGGCCUUCGGGAAUUACUGAAUGCGCUUUUUUCUAAUCCUGUGGACAACAAUUUGAUUUGUGCAGUAAAGUUACUGAAGUUGACCGGGUCAGUUUUGGAAGAUGCAUGGAAAGAAAAAGGAAAGACUGAUAUGGAUGAAAUGGUUCAGAGAAUUGAAAAUGUCGUCCUGGAUGCAAAUUGCAGCAGAGAUGUAAAACAGAUGCUACUGAAACUAGUAGAACUACGCUCAAGUAACUGGGGUAGAGUUCACGUAACCUCAACAUAUAGGGAAGCAACACCUGAAAAUGACCCCAACUAUUUUAUGAAUGAACCAACAUUUUACACCUCUGAGGGUGUUCCUUUCACUGCAGCAGACCCAGAUUAUCAAGAGAAAUAUCAAGAGUUGCUUGACAGAGAAGAUUUCUUUCCAGAUUAUGAAGAAAAUGGAACAGAUUUAUCAGGGGCUGGAGAUCCGUACUUUGAUGACAUCGAUGAUGAGAUGGAUCCAGAAAUUGAAGAAGCAUAUGAAAAAUUCUGCUUAGAAUCGGAACGUAAGAGAAAACAGUGAGAUGUUAUACACAAUAUUAGCUUAAUAAAACAGUUUAGGUAUGAUUAGUAAACAGGGAAAACCACGAGAACUUGUCACAUGUAUACCAAAUUAAGGAUGUUGAGUUUCUCUGAGUAUUAAAGUUAUGCAAUUUCCAUUUUGUUAAACUGAAUCUGCCAAAAAUUGUAAACUUAUGCCCUGUAACUUAAAAUGUUGUGUAUAUAUCAUAGUUUAUUUUAUGUACAGUUAAAUGAACAAUGUUUUGGCUGCAAUAAAAUUGUUUUGAAAAGUAUCACAUGGAAAUAAAAUUUUACUGACUGGGAACUGUCCCAUUAAAAUGCUAAAUUUCUCUUGGAAGACAUGAAAACCUUGAGUUAAAAAUAAAUUGCUCACUUAUUUUAGUAUACACUAGGAUUGCCUCACCCUUUUUAUCAUACAGGAAUUUUCUGGUAUUACAUAUUUUUAGGUUAGGAAACUCAACUGCAGAUGGGUAGAUUUUUUUUAAAUGUGUAUCACAAUCAUGAAAAAAACUAGUUAUUUUUUUUCCAACAUGUGUGGCGGUAUUUGGGGUUCUUUUCUGGAAUAAACAUUUUUAAUAUGUGACACCAUUAAUACACAAGCACUGCUUUGGAAGCCAGGUGCUUUAAGGACACUUGUCUAUUUUCAAGUUUUGCAAGCAGAAGCUUCUACUAAAUAUUUUGCAUUCUUCUACAAGAAAACAUUAAUCUAACUAGGUUUUAGCCCGUGCUCUACAACGUGUGCAGCUUUGAAUCUAUGUAUUCUUGAAUGUGAUUAACAUGAUUAACAUGUCUACCCUUCUGAGAGAGCCCCAGGACACUCCUUAGUCGUCCUAAUUAAUUUAUACAAUUUAGAGUGUUGAUUCCAUAGUUUGGUUUGUAUCAGUUUUUACAUUUCAGAUAUAUUAACAAAUUUUGAAGUCAACUGCUGCUUGUCUCCAAUCUAAUAAUUUGUUUUGUAGUUUUUCUGAAAUACCCAAAGACAAUUUUUAUUAUUGCCUAUAAUUCAGUUGUAGUGGUUCAUGCUAUUUGGUAUUGGAUAGAUGAAGUAGAACCCAUUACCAAACUCAAAAUGCAUAUGUUUCCAACUUCCCAAGAAGUAAGUAAGAUAGCUUAUGUAAAGAAAACACAUGUUGUAAAUAUGCAUGUAAAUAGUUCUGUUAAUAUUGCACUGUAAUACAUUUGGUACAAUAAUUUGUGUAUCAGCUAUACCAUUAGCAUUGACUACAUUUUCUUGCUGUUUAUUUGUUUAGCAUAUUAGUUUAGAGUAAGUUUUGAAAAAUAAAAUUUAACUAGCUUUGUUUCCUUUGGAA